CACACUGCCAAGAUAUCUAUUAUGAAACACAAACCGAAAUCCAAAACUGUCAAACUGCUUUCCGUCAGCUUUUUGCCACGGAAAGGCGCCAAUCUCAGAUUGUUUGUUGUUUGUGUUGUGUCGGUCAGAGUGGUUGCUGUUGCUUUCACGACAAAAUGAAUAACAAGGACGCCCGGACAUCGCGAACCCAGUACCAACAAAUGGUAGAUGAGUUGGAAAAGGUCCCUGACAUCGCCAGAGGGAUGUACAAAGGUGACCAGACCGCUUUCUGGGAGGAAAUGGCUGAGCACCUUAACGCCCUGGGACCGCCGAUAAGAACGGGUGCAACGUGGAAGCGGGUGUGGUUCGAUUACAAAUGUGCGGUAAAAAAAAAAUUGCGUUUGAAUAAAGCAUCUUUGUUGGCCACUGGUGGCGGUCCGUUCCAGCAAAGGCCAUUGAACGACGUAGAAGAAAGAGUGGCCGAUUUAACUAAUUUGAAGGCCACAAUAGAAGGAAACGCAGGCCGCUCUUUUGGAAAUUUGAACGACGACAACAACAACAACAACAACAACAACCAAUUGUUGCCAAUUAGCAUAGAUCAGCUAAACAACGGCAGCGAGGCGCCAAACAACGACAGCGAGGCGCCAAACAAUGAGCAGAGUACUAUAACGGAAAAAGCAAAGAGAAAACGAAGUCGGAAGCGGCAGAACACGGAAGCGGUGUUGCGUCAAAAUCAGGAGCUUCUUGACCUAAUGAAAAAAAAUAUUCAAGCUCAAAAGGAGUCCACAGCCGCGUUGAAUAGGGGAGUUGUGAUAUUGGAAAAUAUCACAGAUUUAUUAAAAGAGGCUGCUGAACGCAAAUCCGAUUUGUGA